AUGGCUCCAUGGAAUGAAGUGAAAUGUGGGUGUGGGUUUCCUGUAGCCAAGAGGACUGCUUGGACUCAUGAAAACCCGGGGAGAAAGUUUAUUGCUUGCAAAUUCUACAAUCCUGAAACUGGGCAAAGGGGGUGCAACAAAUUUGAUUGGCUUGAUGAAGAUAUUGUUGAAUGGCAAAGGGAUGUUACUAAUGUGCUUGUUGCUGAAAAACAUAGGCUGUCCACUGAUCUUGCAAUUCUGAGGAACAGAUUUGCUUGCAUUGAACAAGAGAAGAUUAGGCUAGUCGAAGAGGUUGACAGAUUGAAGAAGAACAAGGGCAUGAUGAUGGGUGUUUUGGGGUCUAAGAAGGCUGGCUUGGGUCAGAAUCAGCUAAUGGGGAUGAUUUGUGUGUGUGCAAUUGUGUCUGUAUUAUUUAGUUUCACUGUAAUCAAGGUAUUUGGGUAG